AUGCGCAUCGAUGAAAUCACGCAGCAACUGUGCUCUGCGGCUGAAGAUGUAGGGUUCUUCAGCAUUGUAGACCAUGGCAUAUCUCAGGCCCAGGUAGACACAAUGUUUGCCACGUCCCAGUCCUUUUUCGACCUCCCAGAAGAUAUCAAGCGCACUGUCCCUUGGAAUCCUCAGAAUGUAGGAUACGAGUGCCGAUCACAGAUCCGGCCAUCCACGGGAGCACCGGAUCAGAAAGAAUCGUAUCAGCUUCAAUUCGGUGAGAACAUGAAAGGCCUAUGGAUGUCGGAUGACCAUGUUCCUGGAUUCAGGACCAAAUCCCUUGAGUUUAUGCAUAGCCUUCAGAAGGUAUCAGAGAGAUUGAUGAUUUGCUUCGCCAGGGGGCUGGGCUUCCCAGAUGAUUUUUUUGUCAAGGCCCACGACUUCACCAGACCAGACUGUCAGACAGUUCUCCGCUUGCUACAUUACUUCGAAACCCCAAAGGACAAAAACAGCCAAACAGCCUAUCACCGAGCCGGAGCCCAUGCCGACUGGGAUCUUCUCACUCUUCUAUUCCAGCGUGAGGGCCAAAGUGGGCUAGAGAUUUGUCCGGGCAGAGAAGUCGUUACCGACUUUGCGUUGGGAGAUUCCUGGACAAAAGUGGAAUUUGAGCCUGGAAGCAUCAUAUGUAACAUCGGUGACCUGCUCAUGAGCUGGUCCGACGAUCGCUUCAAGAGCACUUUUCAUCGUGUCAAGGCUCCGGAGGAGGAGGGGGACUACUACGGGGAGAGGUAUAGCAUUGCUUUCUUCAACCAGCCUUGCAAGGACACACUGAUCCAAGGGCCGAAGAAGAAGUAUCCCAUGGUGACAGGCCAACAAUUCACCGCUAAUGCUAUGGAGCUUCAUUAUAAAGCCCUAAAGCGUACUUUGGAACAGAAUGCCACUGCGCAGGCGAUUCAGAGCCAACCAAAAUUGGAAUCUGCACCUUCUGUUCAGUCUGAAGCUUGA